AUGCCUUCUGAAUUUGGAAAUCUCAACAGACUAGAGGUCUUGUCUCUUUGCUCCAGUGACUUUUUCGGGCAAGUUCCUCUCACUAUUAGUAACCUAACCUCGUUAAUGGAGUUGUAUCUUGACCACAACCAGCUCACUGGUAGUUUCCCACUUGUACAAAAUCUAACCAAACUCUCAUUUGUAGAUUUCAGUUAUAAUCACUUCUCUGGAACCAUUCCUUCUCUAGUCAUGCCUUUCUUAUCAAUUCUAGAUCUGCGUAGAAACGAUCUCACCGGAUCUCUUAAAUUUCCUAACUCAUCUAGGCUCGAGUCCAUGUACCUUGGGAAUAACCAUUUUGAAGGAACAAUCAUAGAGCCUAUCUCAAAGCUCAUCAGCCUCAAGGUUCUUGAACUUUCUUUCUUUAACACAAGCUAUCCAGUUGACUUAAGUCUCUUCUCCCCUCUCAAAUCUUUGUUGCUCCUUGAUCUUUCUGGUAACAGUAUAUCUCCGGACAGUCUAGGUUCAAAGUCAGACAACCCAAGCAACUUGGAGAAUUUGUGGUUAACUGGAUGCAGUAUCAGCGAGUUCCCAAAUAUAGUAAAGAACCUUGAGAGGUUGGAGUUUAUAGGAUUGUCCGACAACAGAAUCAAAGGAAAAGUCCCUGAGUGGUUGUGGAACCUUCCUCGUCUAAACACAGUGUUGGUUUCAAUUAAUUUGCUUGAUGGUUUCGAAGGUCCAGUGGAUGUUUUGGUAAAUUCAUCGGUGAAGAAUUUAUUUAUGGAUCAGAACAGUUUUGAAGGAGCAAUUCCAGUUCUACCACUCUCGAUCAACGUCUUCUCUGCAUCACACAACAGAUUCACAGGGAGCAUACCUCUUUCAAUUUGCAAUUAUAGGUCUCUCACGGAUUUGCGGAUAGGUUACAACAACCUCACGGGUCCAAUUCCUCAAUGCUUGAGUAACUUGACGCUUGUGAAUCUCCGGAAGAACAACUUGGAAGGAAGUAUUCCUGACGCCUUUUAUCUCAGUUCUUCUCUACGAUCACUUGAUGUUGGACACAAUCAACUCACGGGGAAGCUUCCAAGAUCUCUUCAAAACUGCUCAUCUCUAGAGUUUCUAGUUGUUGACCACAACAGAAUCAAAGACAAGUUUCCUUUUUGGCUCAAGGCUUUACCGAAUUUGCAAGUCCUUAUCCUCAGUUCUAACAAAUUCUAUGGCUCUAUAUCUCCUCAUGGUCAAGGUCCUCUCGGGUUUGCAGAGCUUCGUAUAUUUGAGAUAUCUGAUAAUGAAUUUACUGGAAGCUUGCCACCUACAUACUUUGUCAAUUGGAAAGCAUCUUCACUUACGAUGAACGAAGAUGGUGGUCUAUAUAUGGUAUACAUUAAAAGUACUUCCGGGAGACUAUCCUAUUUCAACGUAGAAACUAUAGAUUUGAAAUACAAAGGUCUAUCUAUGGAGCAAGAGAAUGUCCUUAACUCCUACGCCACCAUUGAUUUUUCUGGGAAUAAAAUUGAAGGACAGAUUCCUAAAUCAAUUGGUCUUCUGAAAGCAUUGAUUGCACUCAACUUCUCAAACAACGCCUUCACAGGUCAUAUUCCUAUGUCUUUCUCCAGUUUGAGCAAUCUCGAGUCAUUAGACCUAUCAAGCAACCAACUCUCAGGGACCAUUCCUAAUGGAUUAGCCAGCCUCUCAUUUUUGGGGUACAUAAAUGUGUCUCACAACCAACUCAAGGGCGAAAUACCACAAGGAACACAGAUUACGGGGCAACCUAAAUCUUCAUUUGAAGAGAAUGCAGGCCUUUGUGGUCUUCCUCUCCAGGAAACUUGCUUUGGGAUUAAUGCGCCACCAACACAACAACCUAAGGAGGAAAAAGAAGGAGAAGAGGAACAAGUGUUGAACUGGAAAGGUGUGGCAAUAGGGUAUGCUUCAUACAAACCGGAGUGGCUCGUUAAGAUAAUUGGUCCGAACAAGCGCAUAAGGCGUUAG